AUGAUCAUCAAUGAUACCAAGCCAGAGCCUUCAAGCCUGAGUUCACAGAACUCUGCAAAUAUCAGUGUCAGAAGCGGUAAAAGUCCCGGUGAAUCCACGAACAGCGAAGGACAUGUUAGUCCUCAAGAAGCACCUAAAAGUAAGGUAGUCGAACACACCGCUGAGGAAGAUGUGAGCUACAUAAACAGUCACAGUAGGGAGCUUUCAAACUCUGAUGAGGAUGCAAGAGAAAAAGAUCGGUUAGUGGGCGAAAAAGAUUUAACUGGCGAUGAACAUGGUGGGGAUCGCUCAUCAAGUGUUAGUCCGAACAGCGAAGAUGAGAACGAACGUGGCAGCCCUAACAGUGAGAGGGAAGAGGAUCUAGAUGCGAGUGAAAAGCUACGGGAAAAUCAGCCUGCUAAGACAGGUGACGUUAAGGAAGAUGAAGAUCGAAACGAGAGUCACAAUAACAUGGAGAGCGAGGAACAAAACAACGACGACGAAUACGAUCACGACGAAGACGAAGACAAUGAUGAUGAGGAUGACGACGACGACGAAGAAGAAGAAGAGGAAGAAGAAGAGCCUCCUUUGCUGAAAUACUCUCGGAUCACACAGCUCUCGAAAAGCUUUUUUACUAGAGACACAAUUUCUGCGUGCCAAUUUCACGAAAAGGUAUUCGCAUUUGCUACUCACGCAGGCUUGUUGCAUUUUACAGAACCUGAUUUUACAACGAUAAGGACCUUUAAAUGCCAUAGGUCUUCGAUAACCUCGAUAUACACAGACGGUGAGCUUUUCGCUACCUCGUCAAUAGACGGCACGGUUGUCAUCGGUUCGGUGCGCGACAGCUCCGAUCUUCUCGCUUGCGAUUUCAAGAGGCCCGUGCAUGCAGUUGUGCUGGACGAGAAAUACAAAACUUCAAAAGCUUUUGUAUCUGGAGGCAUGGCAGGAGAAGUCAUCCUAUCUCAACGGAACUGGCUGGGUAAUAGAGUUGACGUUGUUCUUGAUAAAGGACGUGGUCCUAUUGUCGGUAUCCAUAUUUUGGACGAUGUUCUCUUUUGGAUGAAUGAUGCUGGCACUACAUUUUACAGCAUAUCGUCAAAAAGUAAGCUGCUUCAAGUACCAUUCCCAAAAGACGAAUACGAAACAAGAUCUGACCUAUACUGGCCGUCUGUCCACUUUCCGGAGACAGAUCGGAUAAUCAUUUCAUGGGCGCGUCACGUUUGGACCUUUAAAGUAUCCCUUACGAAGUUGACAAACCAUGGGAACCACUUGGGAUCGAUCCUUUCAAGUGCAGCGUCAAGUUUAAGAGCAAUACCGGACAAAAAAAUUGAACAAGACCACUAUUUGUAUCUACCUUAUACCCUGGCUGGUGCCGUGUUCUUUCGCAAUGAUCAACUUCUAUGUCUGGAAAUACCCUCAUCUGAAUCUGACAAAAACAGGUCAGAUCAUCCCCAUCUCAAAAUUAUCGAUAUGUUAACUGGGGAGGAGAUUCAUGGUGAUGAAGUCGUCUCCAAAAAUUAUCAAAAUCUAAAUGUCAACGAUUAUCAUUUGGGCAAACAUAUUGGUAAAGAAUCCACCGAAUACUUCAUGAUAAGUUCACACGAUGCAAUAUCCGCCCACGAGCUGUCAUUACUCGAGCGAUUCAGAUGGUUUGUUGAAAAUGGGAGGGAUUACGAAGCUUGGCAAGUCGGCCUUUACGCUGUGGACAAGAAGGAGAGGUUAGGUGCUGGCGAGCGCCAUAUAAACAUGUUGAUAUCAGUCAAAAAUUGGGAAGAGGCUGCUUCUGUCAUAACUGAGAUAUUUUCAAACACCGAUUUGGAGAACGGGGACCUAGAGUUCAAUGAAUACGUUAUCGGCAAAUGGGGAGAGUAUAUCAACGUAUUAAUCGAUAAUGACAAAGUAAACGAAAUUGCCCCACUGGUUCCUGUAAGUCCGUCAUUAAGCUCGGAUGUCUAUGACGGCAUAUUAAAACAUUACUUGAAUAACAAACAGAUUUCAGUGUUUUCUCAUUAUAGUCAUCAAUGGCCAAGAGGUGUUUGGCGCAGUUCUAAUUUCGAGAGUGUUUUUGAAGAACUGAUAGAGAGAAAUGAUGAUAAUGCUCUUGAAUAUAGAAGAGAGCUUGUAUUUCUACUAUUGACAGAAAAUAAAGACGUGAAAGCAGUACCUCACCUAAUCAAGAUGAAAGAUCCAAGAGCGCUUGGCAUAAUUAUAGCUCAGAAAGUGCUUUCAAUGUUCACACGUCAGUUAGUGGAUAUUGUGAUGCUGCCCUACGAUGAUUCAGCAGAAACCUUGAACUCGUUACACAUAGAGGACGCUCAGAUUAUCUUCAAAAAAUCGAUUGAAUUGCUGGUUCAAGGAACUCACAUGCUUGACAUUUCUCUGAUCGUGUCUGCGUUGUCGGCAUCUGAAAACUAUCGCAUUUUGCUCUUUCUAUUUCUGCGAGAAGCUUCGAAAACCGAACCUGUUUUGAUUGCACCUUACGAAAAUGAAAUGGUAUUUCUCUACCUCCAAUUUGACCACAGUAAUCUGCUUGAUUUUUUGAAGUCCAAGAGCAACUAUGAUGUGGACAGAGCUAUCGAGUUGUGCGCUGCAGAAGACAAAUGCACAAAUGAGCUGAUUUAUCUAUGGGGCACGAUAGGAGAGACUAAAAAAGCCCUUUCUCUAAUCAUAGAUAAAAGAAAUGAACCUAAAGUAGCAAUACAAUUUGUUCAAAGUUCGGGGGAUCCAGAGCUGUGGGAGUAUCUGAUCAACUACAGUUUGAAUAAGCCGGACUUUAUAAAGGAAUUGCUUGAAAUGAGAUCAAGCUCAGGAGCUGAACAUGCUGAUAUCCUACGGAGAGUUCCCACCACGCUUGAAAUUGACGGUCUGCAGUUGUCCCUUGGAGGUAUCACGAAACAAAACUUUCUCAACCUCAAUGUCAAGUCUGGUGUGUUCAAAAUUAUAGACAAUGAGACGAACCAGUUUGCUCAGGAAUUCCUAGAACUCAGAGAGAUGGGUAAAGGUUUCGAAGUCGAGAAUGCUUGA